ACCCUUUGGACUUGGUGUCGGAUGGGUAUUAUGGAGCUCCAGACGUUCACGACUACUAUUCUGUCAGGAACUCUGCAGGGCAUUGCGUGUGGGACUUUCUUGUAUGUGACGUUCUUUGAGGUUCUUCCUCAUGAAAUGAACAACGGCGAAAACAGAUUGCUUAAGCUUUUGUUCAUCAUCCUCGGUUUCUCAGCAGUCUGUGGUGUCCUGUAUUUGGAUCCUGACACCCAGCGUCCUCGAUGCUAUCAGGAGCCAGACCCCAUACCACAGUCAUGAAGUUAGACUUUUCUUGUACUAUUUCAGUCCCGUAUCAUUGCUCAUUUAGCUAGUGAUGAUAUUUUUCAUUAUUUUAUGAAGUUGUAAGGAGAAAUACUCCUUUGUAUUUUAGUAUUGUGACUGGACUAUAUAAGCUUUUUUCCCAGUAAAAGACUGUUGGUUUAAGGAAGUUCAGAUCUGAUAAGGUGGAGAGUGCAUAACUCCAUUCCAGCUGGAACACUGGUGCAGCAAAUAAAGUAAUACUCUGCAUAUUCACCCUUGUCAGUACAGUAUUAUCAACUAUCUAUUAAAGUAUGAUGAAAUUGCACAGCUUUUAAAAGUGGCUUGUGAGAAUGUGAUUUAUUUUUUUCUUCCAAUCUUCUGUUUUAGUUCUUUCCAGCAGUAGUGUGUUACUGCAGGCAGUUUUUGUAAGAAGCAGAAGUAAUUCAAAGUCUCUUGCAUGUGUUUGGUCUUUAGAUUUUGUUAUCUAUUAGUUUUAUUAUUAACCCAUUCGUCCGGGUGUCACAUAUAUGAGACACCGGAAAAAAUAAACAUUGCCAGUGUGAUGCUGUCUCGGGGCUGUGCUCCGAGGCAGAAGCGGCGCGCAGCCGGGCGGGCGGACAGACUCCGGGGAAGCUCCGCCCGCCGAUUUUGUAGCCGCCCGGAUUUUUUUAUUUUGGCUACAAAAUGUACCCGGCGUGACUGGGUUAAUAUUGAAUAUUCCAUUGUGUUUAGUAUUUUAUGACAGUUUUUAAAGGUCAGAAAUUCUUAACCCACUAGCGCCAGUCUAUUUGGAAGGCGAUACCAAAAUCGGGAACCUGCCCACACACCACCUGCCACAAACAACAAAAUCAGAGCACAAGCUCCAAUCUAGUGUCACACAGGUGGAACAGCUUGCCAUGUUUAUUUUUCCAGGUGUCACCUAUGUGUGACACCCAGCGCAAGUGGGUUAAGCAGUGUAGAUAAGAAACAGCUACUAUUAUAUUUUGGUUUUUAAGUAGAUGAUCGUAAAAGUUUGUAGUUCCUUGCUAUAUUGUGUUUAUACUGUGAUAAUAAAUUAUAGUGCUCCAUGUAUAAGUGAAUUGCUCUCAUGUUUUCACUUUAUUAUUGAUUAUUCUUUAUAUUCAAAUCCUGUACAAUCAUAUAUUGUAUCUAAUAUGAAUUAAUUAUUUUGUACUUGACUUCAUAACAUUACUGCUGAAACAGAGGAGGCACCCUUUCUCACAGUGGUCAUUGCCAAAAGGUUGUGUAUAUAAUUUUAAAAGAUGUACCCUAUUAGAGUAGAUUUCUUCAAGCUGAAGAAACUGAUAUGAAUAUAGAGUGGAUGUAAUAAUACUAUGCUUGAUGCAUAGGAAUGUCACAAAGUGUUCUAUGAAAUCAUAAAUAUUUUUCUUUUAUAUUCCAUAAAAGUAUCAAUAACAAAUGUACUGCCAGUUAUUCUUUU